UAAAGGCGGGAUUAAAAAAAACUGAAAAAAAAUCCAGAUGCUCUACGCUUUGUACAUAACGCGCAGAAUGAAGUCACUCCAGUGAAGCACAUUCUACUUCGACUGCUAAAGAAAUGCUUGGGGGCGGGGGGAAAGCACUCUUCUCUUUCGCCUCAGCCCCUCCCCCACCGCGCAAGCGCACGGCGACCCAAGCAGACGUUCCCUUAGCAACCGCGCUCUGAGAGCUACCACGUCCCUGCCUGCUCGACUACAGCCUCCGACCAGAGCGAGCGAGAGGCAUCGAAGGCGGGGGAUCUGGGGAUCGUGCAGGCCUGGGCACGGUGAUGGGGCGUACGGCCCGCGGGCUUCUCUCCCGCUACUCCGCUCGCUAUGAUGCUGCUGAGCAGGAAGUCGGAAGGUCCCCUCUCGGCAGCCAGGUUUGGAGAUGGCUUGUAUGAUUCUUAUAUGAGAAUAGAUCAAAUUAGAUAUCCAGAUCCUACAAAUGAAGAAUGUGCCCCUUCUGGUUUUCCUUCACUAGGGAGAUCUAAUGUAACUAGUAACACAGUCACAAUGAAGGAUCAUCCUUUGACUGGGAGCCAAGUCAAAGUUGAGCAAUUAUUUGAAGACUCUGGAAAUAGAAGGAGCAGCACUCUGCAGUCCUCUGGAAUAAAUGGCUCUGAAAGGUCAUUUCCAACUCCAGCAAAAGAUAAAAGCACUGAUAGUAUAUGCACCAUCAAAAAUAGUGGCAGCUCCAUAAAAGCACAGAAAGCUGGUUGUCAGUCUGCAGAGCAAGCACUGAAGCAAUAUAAGCAGCAGUUAACAGCCUACGAGCAACAAGAAAUAUUUAAUUUUCCUGAAAUCUAUUUUGUGGGCCCAAAUGCAAAGAAAAGACAAGGAGUCAUUGGUGGCCCAAACAAUGGUGGAUAUGAUGAUGAGCAAGGCAGCUACAUUCAUGUACCUCAUGACCAUCUUGCCUACCGAUAUGAAGUGCUUAAAAUAAUUGGGAAAGGCAGCUUUGGCCAAGUAGCGAAAGUGUUUGAUCACAAACACCACCACCAUUUGGCUCUAAAGAUGGUACGCAACGAGAAACGAUUUCACCGGCAAGCGGCAGAAGAAAUACGCAUCUUGGAACAUCUCAAAAAGCAAGAUAAAACUGGCAGCAUGAAUGUUAUUCACAUGCUAGAAAGUUUUACCUUUCGAAAUCACAUAUGUAUGACCUUUGAGCUCUUGAGCAUGAAUCUGUAUGAGCUGAUCAAAAGAAAUAAGUUUCAAGGCUUCAGUGUGCAGCUUGUACGUAAAUUUGCCCACUCAAUAUUGCAAUGCCUGGAGGGGCUUUACAGAAACAAAAUUAUACAUUGUGACUUAAAACCUGAAAAUAUUCUUCUGAAACAGCAAGGGCGGAGUGGAAUCAAAGUAAUUGAUUUUGGAUCUAGCUGUUUUGAGCACCAAAGAGUUUAUACUUACAUACAGUCUCGGUUUUACAGAGCCCCAGAAGUUAUCCUGGGAAGUCGCUAUGGGAUGCCCAUAGAUAUGUGGAGUUUUGGUUGUAUUCUCGUGGAACUUCUGACUGGUUAUCCUUUGUUUCCAGGAGAGGAUGAGGGUGAUCAGCUAGCUUGUAUGAUGGAGCUCCUUGGAAUGCCCCCACAGAAAUUGCUAGACCAAUCCAAGCGAGCCAAAAACUUCAUCAAUUCGAAAGGUCAUCCUCGCUAUUGCACUGUAACAACACAAGCAGAUGGGAAAGUUACUCUUAAUGGUAGCAGAUCACGAAGGGGUAAAAUGCGUGGUGCUCCAGGCAACAAGGACUGGAUCACAGCCUUAAAAGGCUGUGAUGACCCUUUGUUUAUAGAAUUCUUAAAAGAAUGUCUUAAUUGGGAUCCUUCUGCACGGAUGACUCCUAGCCAGGCUUUAAGACAUCCUUGGAUUUGUAAACGAGUACCUAAGCCUCCCAGCGUGGACAAAAGUUCAGGCAAACGGAUUGCUCACUAUACAAGCUCUUUCCCAGGGAUAGGUUCCAGAUUACCCCCAGUUGUUGGGGUAGCAAACAAACUGAGAGCUAAUCUAAUGUCUGAUUCAAAUGCCAAUAUGCCUCUAUGUACUGUGCUACCAAAAUUGGUCAGCUAAUAGAGAAUUACAUAUUCCCAGAGUACAUGUACUGUGUUUGUUAUUAUCUCCUUGAAACACAAAGAGACAAGUGUAGGGGUCUGGGGAAAAAAUUAUUGAAGGCUGAAUCUUGUAUAAAAAAAAUGAAUGAAAACAAGCAUUUUAAGGGCUAUAAUUAUUUAAUCAAAUUGUUUCAGCUAGACUGGGAUGCUUGUUGUAUUACUUCUGAUAAGUCAACAUAUUUGUUUAUUCAAUGAGAUCACAUGCUGUAUAACAGAUUUUAGAGCAACAGUAUAAUAAACCUCAAAAUCACUUCUUAUGCAGACAGUCGUGAUAACCAGGCAAUUGGGUGCAAAGUGGUUUAAAGAUAAAUUGCACUUGAUAGUGAAUUCCUUACAAAAUGAUGGUCAAAAAGCACAAGUUCUUAAGCUUUUUGUUCUCUAGGAGUUAUUGUAGUAAUUUUUAUGUAUAACUACAAGAUUUCUGAGUUUGCGAAAAUCACUUUGCGGACUCUCCUUCAAAUUGCUUGCAGACAAGCACCUUGAAAAACGUGGGUGGUGAGCUGGAGCUUUGAAGAUGCUAGUUUUUGGUCUCUUGUUUUAAUGUUUUUAUUUCUUCAUUCCAACAUUUUAAAUUGAAUUAACUGAUCACACAUGGAGAUAAAAAAUAUUUCUGAGAAAAUGUCUUGUCUAUUAAAGUAAGUUGCUUUUAAUUUUAUAAAGGAUAAACUCUGAGGAAAAUGCUGUUUUCAAGUCUCAACCUCAAUUAGAUGCAAAAAGAUGGGUGUUUCAAAUAUUUUGUACAGGAAAAUGUAAUGGGCAGCAUCUGGAUACUGGAAAAUAAAAUAGAUGUAUUUUACUAGUGCA